AUGACGGGACGGGCCGCGAUGCGAACCCCUGAACCGCCCGACCGCGAUGAACGCGAGGAUUCGCCACCGCGACUGUCGAGACCGAAGCGCACCACCAAACCACCGAAAAACUAUGCUCGAGAGCAAGAGAUCGACAACGAGCAGAGGAAGACGCGACCGCUACCAAAGAAGAGAAUCGAACCCGAAGACCAGCCUGACGUGGGAACUUCGGACGACUCCGCGACCGAGGGCGACGACCUCGAUGUCAGCAAUCUGGUGCAAGAGAUCGCCAAACUCAGGAGGGAGAUCAGACUCCGCGAUGAGAUACAUAAGGAAGAAUUACUAAAAGCCCAAGCAGAGUUUAGUGCGGCUCUCGCCGAGGUCCGACACGAGCUACAGAACCUGACUGAUAGACCCUUGACACCGCAAUGCCACUCCGAGGCAUGCUCUCAGAACAACCAUGAUGCGAUUCUCCGCGAGAUUCAAUCCUUACGCGAAGAAAUCGGCGUCCCCGCUCCCACGAGUUCCCCAUCCUAUACAGAUGUCGCGCGCACUCCUCCAACCAGCUACCCAAGCAAUAUACGGACACUGUUAACGCUAGGCACGACACCGACCACCUUUACCGAAACUUUGUACUGUACGAUAGACACCUCGAAGAUGACCGAAAAUGAAAAUAAGAAGAUAUCCGCGGGCUCAAUCAGGGCCGCAAUCGAGAAAGAGAUCCGAACGAUGGAUAAUCACACCCACUGGCGCUGCCGCGCGGUCACCGUGAGUCUAAGAGACCCUAAUCGGAUCAGGAUUGCGUGUCGUGAUAAAGCCGAGCACCAGCUGGUCAAGAAAGUGGCGGAAGAAAAGAUCGGAACAGGAUCCCGGGUGCUCCGGGACGAGCUCUACCCGAUCAAGGUCGACGGCGUUAAGAGGGCUGCGGUGCUAGAUGACAACCAUGCCAUUCUGGCUGGAGCAACCGUAGCACUAAGUGAAGAAAACGAAAGUACAGUCGCUAAGAUGACGUGGCUUAGCAGUAAGGAAGCCGCGAAGCCAUAUAGCUCGAUGGUCGUGUACCUCACUAAAGGCUCCGACGCGCGGAGGCUCCUGGCCGACGGAUACUUCCACGUUGGAGGGGAAUCCGGGACAACCAGCGUCUUUGAAUAUCGGCCACGACCGAUGCAAUGUUAUAACUGCCAGGAGAUUGGUCACAAGGCAUUCUAA